AUGGAAGAAAUGGGCGCCGCCGAGCUGGUUGCAAACAUCAGCAAACAUGAUCUCGCCCAAACACUUUACAUGAUGCCAAUUUUCCAAGCACAAAGCGAUGCGGUCGCCAUAGAUCUCCAGAGAACCAGAGAAUGCAUUCGCGGUCUCGAAGAGCACACUCAAAACUCCAUUGAACACUAUCUACGAGCUUCUCACAAAAGAAGGCAGAGAUUGGAGCCAUGUAUCCGUUUUGGGGUGAGAAACAACGAGCGAGCAUUGAUAGAGCUCAAGAAGCAUCAAAAGGAUCUUAAGGCUGAAGAAAUACAUUGUAUUGCUGUUGAUGAGAUGAUCAGAAAGCGUUGGAAGAUUUUUCUGGAGGAAGAGGCGGCUGAAAAGAACGCGUGA